AUGGCUGGUCCCGGUGGUGGUCCCCCUCGCCGCAGCCACACCAAGUCUCGCAAGGGCUGUGAUACCUGCAAGCGCCGCCAUAUCCGAUGCGAUGAAAACUUCCCCCAAUGCCGAAAUUGCACCAAGCACAAGAUUCGAUGCCCUUACAACGACGUGCAGGUUCCUGAUGCUGAGCGUUCUACAACGCCCGACAAGCCAGACCUGAUGUGGACGCCCCAGAUUGAAGCCGCCAUCGCUGAAUGGCAAACGACAGGCAUCUUCCCGCUCCCCAGCCUAGGAAUAUACCCUGCCCCCAUGCCACAUCUGUACUCAGUUGAAGAUCUCCGUCUGAUCUACCACGUUGCGACGCUCUACUACCAACUAGCUACCAUCGAUGCUAACAAUUUCACCCUUUGGACUCGCCAUAUUCCAACUCUUCUUCGAAUUGGUGCCACAACACCCUAUGUGAUGCACGCUCUGCUCGCUUUCUCUGCUAUGCAUAUUGCUUUCCUCACCGACUGCCCUCUAGUUGGCAGCAUGGCCUAUGAGCACCGCGGCAUUGCCCUCAAGGGCCUCCAGGAAGCCAUUGGGUCUUUCUCCCGAGAGACAUCGGAUGCCAUUCUCGCUGCCUCCCUCGUUCUCUCCUGGCAAGCCACUGACUGGCGCAGCUGGACCCAGCUGAUGCAAGGCACUUCGUCGGUUAUCGAUGCCAUGGAUCCCUGGAAGCAUGAGUCCCAGUUCGGAGAUUUCAUUGCUGAGAGCAGCACGUUCCCAACCGCCCCGCCAUCUCCCGGAAAGGAUCAUCGCCCAAGCCAGCCUCGCCCUGAGGAUCUGGAGGCCUACCAGCGCACGCUCGAGCAAAUUCAGAAAGUCGAGGCACACCUCAAGUACCACAAGGAAGAUACUACACAGAUUCAGCACCUCAUUGGCUUCCUCCGAGGCUCCCGCAAGAUAAGCCCUACACUUUCCAUUGCUCAGCAAUUUGAGCGUCUUCAACCUCUCCGCAAAUGGCUCUUCUGGAUGCCCGUGGGCUACCUGCAGAACUAUCAUGGCUCUCCCAACUCGCUGGUCAUCAUUGCUUAUCUGUAUACGGUGGCUCUCCUUAUGGAACGGCUCUUCCCAGAGAUUGGCGCCGCCUACUUUGGCAGUCUGUCUAUUUCUCCCGUUGAAGAGAUUGCUCGGCGACUCAUGUCGAUCAAUGUCUCUGGUGUCGGAAGCGAGAUGCAAACUCCCUUGACCCUUAUGGAGUUCCCCAUCGACACAGUCAGCCAGUUUCGGUCGCGUAUGGGAUGGAUGCACCCCGAAAGAACUCCCUCUUUUCCUCAGUUUAAUCCUCGCAAUUUCACUAUCCAGGAGGAGGUUCCUACCCACGAGUCGUAUCUGUACGGAAAUCCUGCUUUCAGCUACAGCACCGAGGAAAUGCCCAUGCUCAACGCAUCUGGACCGCCUUCUGCAGUGAGCCCCCUGGUCUUGUCUCCAUAUCCAAGCCAGCAGUACCUCAAUGUACCCUCACCAGCGUAUAAUGGAGCUUACAGCCCAGCAUCCUCGACUUUCGAGGGCUCUGUCGCAUACAGCGAUACCGAGGAGUAUGGAUCAUGGGACAUGAACACUCUACAAGGCGGGCCAUCCUCAUCAAUUCAGGACUCCCCUCAAAACUAUGGCGUCGGGAUGAACACGACACCUACAUACCCGCCUCCAGAGGACCCGAGUCUAUACAUGACUUCCAUGACGAGCACCCAAUCUCCGUAUAUCAAAUCAGAGCAAUUCGGCAUGCUUCCUCUCCCCGAAUCUCCCGUCUCGUCGAACGCACCGCUCCCACGACAUCGCCAUACCUCGUCCAUGUCCUCUGCCCCGCACCCACCUUCUCCUCUGGCACGACCUCCUGUGAUGCACCAAUAUGAUGACAAUACCCGACGUCGAGCCACCUGA